AUGGCACUCAUUAAACAACACUAUACAAAGAAAGAUAUGGAGAAGUACAUUGUGGCAAAUGGAAGCCAGGAAAGACCUUUCUAUUAGAUCUUGGAAACUGAGAGUGUGCUUUGUACUUCCUGGAUAGGACAAGCUUCUGGCCUUUCCAUUUAUCCAGAGGCAGAAUGGACCCUCUUGCCUGCAACUGGUACAUUGGCCAAUUUCAACAAAGAGCCUAUACUGCCUGAGGAAACAGUGUUUCCUCUUACAAGGUACAAUAUUGGCUCCUCUGCCAUGAGGGGGGCUGUUCUUGGAAAUGUACUCCAGAGACUUUCCCAUUUAACCAGGAUACAGACUGCCUUGCUACAUAAUUCCCCCUGCUGAGACCCUAUGAAAGGAAUGAGUUGGGACAGAUACAGCAAGAUAUUAGGACAAAUUCUUCUUCCUUCUUCCUGCUGUACUACACAAAAGUGAACUUGAUUUCAACAAGAUGACCCAAUUCUUAACAUGCUUUUCUACCCGCUUUCACUCAUAACGCUUCCAAAUCACUGUCUGAUUAAAGAUGUGCAGAGAAACAAAAUGGGAAAAAAGAUAAACUGGCCAGUAAAAAGUAAAAUGGCAUUUAAUUAAAACUAAGUUUGCAAGUUAAUGGGGGGAAAAGGGUAUUUUGUUAAAAAAAAAAAAAACAAAAAACCUAUGGUUAUUAAACCUCAGGGCAGCAUAGCACAUCACUAUCCUUUUGUGGUUUUGAGUGUCUUUUAUUUGUGCACUGGAAGUAGGUAUUUGUCAUAUUGUUAAUAAUUGCUCUACUAAAUUGUACUCAACAGUGUGCAUCUCUGUAACCUUGUUUACUCACAAAGCUUUCAUUUUCUUCCUGUACUUUUCUUUAGCUUGUUUCUUAGGGGUUGUUUCUUUCACAUAAGCUUUCGAUUUUUAAAUAAUACAAUCCGUUUAUUUCAUUAGGCAUCUUUAUUUGCUUAAAGUGGGGGAAGAAUCAGAUUGUGAUUGUGGUGUAAAUCAGUCAAUCUUUUUCUUCCCUUUACAGGAAAAGCUGUGGGUAAUAGAAAAGAGAACUGAACGAAAUAGAAAUUCAACUAGGCUUUUAUGAACUCAGUUAUUAGAGUAAGAAGAGCUAAAUUCGUGGAGUGGGGGGAAGAGAGGAAAAUGCAAAUGGUGUUUUUUUAGAGCUUUUACUUUAAGCCACUCUAGUAUCGCCCUUCUCUUCCUUCCACUAUCCUGGCCCCACCGAGGCAUAGUCAGAAUCCAGGGCUCCGGAGAAUGUCAGAAGGGGAAGGAGAGCAAGAGUGAGGCUCUGGGUUAGCCUUCCCCGGUCAUCCCGAGAGGUCCAAGCAGAAAGGCUGCCUAGAGAAUAUCCCUAUGACCUCUCUAAAACUGCAUCAGGGAAACUUCUCAAUUGUAUCAGUCAUCCUGAUACUUGAUCAGUAAAGAAUUUUCUGCAUUUAAAAUACUUAAUCUUAAGAAAAAAAUAAAAUAAAAUACUUAAUCUUGUUGGGAUCUUUUGAGGUAGGAAAAUCUGAUGAGAAAUAAACACUCUCUAUAUUCCUAUGCCUUGGGUAUGCUCCUGGAAACAUUGGAGGGAUUGUUUGCCAAAAAGUCUUGGCAGUUUUCAAAGAUGGCUGGCCAAGUCAUAAGAGAAUGAGGAGAAGAGGUUUAUGUAGUACUGAGUCCAGCAUUGUGUGUAAAACACAGGUUUCAAUGUAAAGAAAUCUGUUGCACAAAAACCUUGGAAAACAUAUCAUCCUCUCUUUUCUUUACUACCCCCCACACAAGUACCCUCUUCCUCAAAAAAAAUUUUUUUAGAAAAUAAAAAAUAGAAGAGAAUCAACAUGAUCCUAAGGAAGCAAAUCUCUUUGUUUUAAUUUUCUUUUCCUUUUGCUUUUACAUUUAAGAGUUAAGACAACAUUUCAGCAGAGAAAUGUGGAGAAGGGUAAAGGGAAAUCAAUAAAGUUAUUCUCUGACUUUUCCCAGGAGGGAGCUGUGUUAAUCGAGAAUGGCCUGCUUGGCUAUAUAUCAAGUACGAGGAGAGGGCAGGAGUUGAUUCUGAAGCAGAUUUCCCAGCUAAACUGAAGGAAGUAUAUAUAAAUAUACAUAUACAUACAUACAAACAUAUGUAAUUUUUACAAGAGUGGUGUGUGUCUGCGGGUACACUAUUAUAUACAUUCUAACGUAUAUGAAAAGUGUAUAUUACACACACACACACAUUUAAAAAGUAGGUAAGAACAAUUGCUUUAGGUCAUUAGUGAUAUUGGGUAAAAAUUCCUCUACCAGUAGUUUCUGUAUAUUGAUCUAGGAUCACUUUACACUUUAUAAGUUUCUUUAAUAAGUCUUUUGACUCCCAAAGAAGGAACUUGUUGUACAAAAACUUAAAGUGACAGAUGAAGGGAUGGAAAUCAGAUUUCCUGACCCAAGGCCAGUGGAAGUGUCUUUGACCAUGCGGAAGCUUCUAAGGAGUCUCUCUGGGUAAUUUGUGUGGUCACUUUCUCUAGUGACAGCAGAAAUUUCUAGCAGGUGUGAUAUCAGUAGAGCUUUCGAAAGCCAAGUUGGCCAGGGUGCUACCCAAUUCCACUGGGUCAUAGUACCACAUCCAUGUUCACUGGAAGCGGUGGUGGUCUCUUACUGGACAGAUUUGGACAACAUAAUUGGGUGGGAGGCAGGAUACCUGAGUGUCAGUCCUGAUGUCAUCUUCACAGUGUGAUCUUGAGAGAGUUACCUAUCCUUUCUGGACGUCAAUUUCCUUUUGUAUGGAAUGGGAUGAAUAAUUCUUGCUCCUUCCAAACAACUUCCUUAUUGCCCAGGAAUCUUGUCCAAAUUUCUUUGUUCCACUCAAUGCUCAGAUUUUGGAAACCACCUAAGGGGGAUCUCCUUUCCAUGACCCAAUCUACUGGGAUUAAUUCUACCAUUCUGAAGCUCUUCACAUUUUUCUUCUCUCAGUUUGGAUGUUCAAAUUCUAAAUUGUUUUUAACGUCAGCCAAGAUGCUCUAUUUAUUUUCAUUCUUUCUUUUUAAAAGAUAUAAUUUAUUUAAGGUGGGGGGAAGAGAGACAGCAUGAGUAGGAGGAGGUACAGAGGGAGAGGGAGAGAGAGAAUCUCAAGCAGACUGCCCACUGAGCAUGGAGCCGAACAUGGGGCUCAAUCUCACCACCGAGAGAUCAUGACCUGAGCCAAAAUCAAGAGUCGGAUGCUUAACCGACUGAGCCACACAAGCACCCCUCUAUUUAUUUUCUAAAUCUAAACUUCAUAUGUAUCAUAACUGUUGAAAGAGAAUGGAAUCUAGACAGAGAGAGGGACUAUGCAGUCUAGAAUGUCCCUGGAGGAAAUUUCAGAGUGCAUCUAGUCUAAUCCUAUCAUUUUACAGUUGAAGAAGCUAAUGAUCUGAGAGGUAAAAUGUAUUGUCCAAGGUUACUGUGACAGAAUCAAGUGGAGAACCCAUGUCUCUUUAACUUUCAGUUCUAUAGUCUUUCCAUUGGUUCAUGUGUCUUGAGACCACUAUAAUUAGAAAUAGUCCCUAAGGGGCACCUGAAAGAAAGAAGGAAGGAAGGAAGGAAGGAAGGAAGGAAAGGAAAGAAUGAAGGAAAGAAAGAAAGAAAACAAAAGAAAGAAGGAAAGAAAGAAAAAAAGAAGGAAGGAAGG